AUGGUUCAAACUUAUUUUAUUUUGGCUCUUGAUGCAUAUGGGCCUGCUCAUUUGAGUGCUUGUUUGGCAUUUGUGUAUUGGGUGCUACAGAUCAUUCUUUCUGAAAUUUUUGGCGGCAAGGUCAAGCAGGAAGGAGCGUGUAAUGCACCAUCCAAUAUCAUUCUUAGCACGUGUGAAAUUAAACCCGAACGCGCGUGUUUGAAAGAGGAAAAUUUUGAAGCUUUUACGAAAAACAGAAAAUUAGCUCGAGGAGUGUCAAAAGAAGAGAUGGAUCAAAGGUGGAAUCAGCAUUCGCGGGUAAAUCUCGCGGAGUUGAAAUCUCUGAUACUUAAAAGAAUUGGGGCUGAAAAAGCAAAAUUAUACUUCUUUUAUUUGAAUAAAUUCCUGGAUUUGAAGCUCACCAAGGUUGAGUUCAAUAAGCUUUGUUUUCGGGUUCUUGGAAAGGAGAAUAUUCCAUUACACAAUCAAUUAAUAUCUUCAAUUUUAAAAAAUGCUUGUAAUGCUAAAGUUGCACCUCCACCGGCUCCUAAUAAGGAGUAUCCGACAUCUACAAGUGAUGGGUCCCACACUUUUCCGAAUGGGAAUGUUGAUAUUGUUUCUCUUCAAUCAACUAUUAAAGGUGAUAAUGAAACUUUGCAAGAUGGCUUACGGAAGCCGGUGCAGCAUCAUCAAGUACUCUUUGACAGAGAUAAAGAAGAAGAUACAUUGUUUCACCAUUCUACUAAAUUACUGCCGGCAAAACAGUCAACAGAUGGCUUGGUGUCUGUACAGAGUAAAGAACAGAGUGAAGUAUCUGUAUUUGCGGACAGAAAAGAGGUAUAUGCUAAAAGUUCGCUUGUGGCUCCACUUGGAAUUCCAUUUUGCAGCCCGAGUAUGGGCGGUGCUCGCAAGCCUUUACCCUUGGCUCACAGUGCUAGAUGUGCUAGCUCAUUUGAUGCUGACGGAUUGCUAGACAUACAGUCACUGAGAGAAAGAAUGCAACAAAUUGCCGCUUCACAGGGACUGGAGGGGGUAUCUAUGGAUACGGCCAACUUGCUGAACAGUGGCUUGGAUACAUAUUUAAAAGGACUGAUAAAGUCUUGCAUUGAGCUUGUGGGUGCAAGGCGUGGAUGUGGUUUGAUGACAAAAAGUAGCCACAAGCACAAUUCUCAUGGGAAGCUUGUCAACGGAUUUUUGUCUGGUCAUCAUCUGCUGUUGCAGAAUAGUAGUAGGCAGUUAGAUGGAAUGCAAGAACAGAGACCCCAUUUCUCGAUAUCUUUGCUGGAUUUCAAAAUUGCAAUGGAGCUUAAUCCGCAGCGGCUAGGGGAAGACUGGCCAUUGCUGCUUGAGAAAAUUACACACGCAUUUGAAGAAUAA